GUCACAUCAAAGGCAGAAAAUAAGCCAAAUGCUACAAAGAUUUUUUUAAUAUCAUUAAUUUAAAUGCAUGUGCGCUUAAAUAUGUCUAUAAAUGUUCCCGUUCACUUCAACUAUUGCGGAAACAAUUUGUGACAGUUUUUGUUAUUAUCCGGGCACGCUUUGUUGCACCUCAAUCACUUGUUAUCAAUUUACUCCAAUCGCUCAGAUAACUUUUAUUAGCUAGUUAAUACCUGAUUAGUACGAUAGUAACGUUAUGUCUGCAAAAAUGUCUGGCAAUUUAAUAAAAGUAUUCGUCUACGGAACACUUAAACGGGGUGAGCCUAAUCACCAUUGGCUAACGCGGCCCGAAAAUGGCCAUUCACGUUUUCUGUGUGAAGCGCAAACGGUGGUAAAGUUUCCACUCGUCAUAGGCACACGCUACAACAUUCCAUUUAUACUCAACAAACCUGGAGUUGGUCAUAAUGUUCAUGGGGAAGUAUAUGAGGUAGACGACACAAUGUUCGCAAAUCUAGAUGUGCUGGAGGAUUACCCCAAUUACUAUGACCGAGAAAUACAGCAAAUAAAAACUGAGAAUAAUGAACAUAUUGAUUGUUGGCUGUAUUUGAUCAAACAAUUUCCGGAGAAGCUAUUGUCCAAGCGUUACCUAGAAAAGUAUAACUCAGAGGCACUUCCGUACUGCGAAAGGUCAGAAAGGUUGCCUGAAGUAAAAGCUAAAGACGAUAUGACCUAUUGAGUUAUAAUUGUUGCAUUCGAUUUUUUAUAGCAUCUUAGUGAUUAUACUAUAUUGAUAUUAUGAUUGUACUUCAUUUUUGCAGUUAUGUGGACAGCUCCAUGCAAGAUAUGUAUGUACAGGAUGAGUUGAAUCACGUUAAAGAUGGGACCAAAUGAAAAUGUGAUAGAUAAAAAGUGAUAUAAAAAAAAUAGAACAAUUCUUUGUUAGCAGUUGA